AUGCGACGUCUGCGACAAACGAAACACAGACGGCAUGGUGCGCUGCAAGCCAUGCGGAUGGCAAUGCUGUCGUCGCUGUCUCGCCGAAAGAAGUGGAGAUCACAACGUCCCAUUGCGUCUGAGCGUGUGGCUAUGUCGUAUGCUACUCCCGAGGAGGAAGCAGCUAUGAUUCUUCUCAAUCUCAAGAAUGGAAAUAAGAAUACGGGUGGACUCACACGUGGCAGUGGACAAAUCGCUGGUCCUUCUUCUCAAACGCCCGGCCGAACCGUAGAUGACGGUCUUGAAUUUGACAGCGAUGAGACUGAGAUACUGCCAGACAUCAACACUGAUGACGAGACAGAUGAAGAUGACAAUUUGCCUGAAAAACUCGUCAAUGUGCGUCGCAAUCCAUCCCGCAGGGCGAGACCGGCUGACAUGAAGGAGUGA